CACUGGGCAUUGACAUGAUUCUCCUUAACACAUGUCUGUUGAAUGUGUGGCUCUGUGUGACAUUUCUUCACCUCGCCAACUGCACUAGUGGAGCUAAGAAGGAACAUGUAAUGGCAACCAGAAAUAUUGGAGAAUUUGUGUAUCUUUUCCUACCAGACAUGCCACUGACCAACAUUAAGGAUUUAGAAUGGAAAACUAAAGACCUUAAAGUGGCAAAGUUCCAAAAUGGCAAGUCAUCUUUGCAUGAUUUAUACAAAAACAGAACAACUCUGUUCUCUAACGGAACCCUGAGGUUAGAUCAGCCUAUCAAAAAUGACAGUGGAACUUACACCCUGGAUGUUUAUGAUGAAGGGGAAAGUGUGUUCAAGGGUUACAUCUGGCUUGAUGUACAAGAGUCAGUCUCUCAGCCUAUUGUGAACUCAUCCUGUCAAGAUGAAGAGCUGGUCAAACUGAUGUGUGUGGUGGAGAAGGGAGAUAAUGUUUCUUACAAGUGGAGCGUAAAUGGAACCCCACUUGAAAACAUGCUCACUCCCAGGAAUGAUGGAAGUGGAAUUCUAGCAGUGCUAAAAAAUAACUCUGAGGAAUUUACCUGUACUGCAGAGAACAAUGUCAGCAGCGAGACAAGUGAUCCCUUCAAACCUUCGUGUGCUUGGAAAGAAACAGUCACCAGUGGAGCAAAAGAAGAGUAUGUGAUUGUAACCAGAAACCAUGGAGAGUUUGUGUCUCUUUUCAUACCAGAAACACCAUCAUCCAACAUAAAUGAUUUGGUAUGGAAAUUUAAAGACAUUAGAGUGGCAAGAUUACAACCUGGUAAUAUUACCUUACAUAAUCUGUACAAACAUAGAACAACAGUAUUUUCCAACGGCACCCUGAGACUCGACAAACCUCUGAAAGAGGACAGUGGAUCUUACAUCCUAGAAGUAUUUAAUAAAGAAGGACAAAAUAUGUUCAAGGGCAGUGUCAGGCUAGAGGUACAAGAUCCUGUCUCGCGGCCAGUUAUACAAGCAUCCUGUCAAGCUGAAGGAACAGUAAGACUGGUGUGCACAGUGCAGGAAGGACAUAAUGUUUCUUUUCAGUGGAGUUCAAAUGGGGCCCCACUCAAUAGCAGCCUUGGAACCACUGAUGAUGGACGUAGUGUUCUUAUUGCAAUCAAAAAUGUCUCUGAGGAGCUUUCCUGCACUGCGGAGAACAACAUCAGCAGACAGACAAGUGCUCCCCUGAAGCCCUCUUGCUUUUCAACAUCAACAGCACUGUUACGUAUGAUUGGAACACUCAUUGCAUUGGUUCUCUUGACUUCUGUGCUUUUCCUCCUGAUCUAUAAAGCCAAAGGAAAGCCAAAGAAGAAGACAUAAAUCCUGGUAAAGAAUGGGAGACCCAGUGCAUGGAUAAGGUUUACUUUCAAAAUCAUGCUCCUGACAGGAUGGAAAAAAAAAUGC